AUCCCAACGGUGAAGUUGAGUGAAACAAAAACAAGUUUAAAUCUUACUGGCUACAGAAGUAGAAAAUUUUCUCCAGUUUUUAAUUAAAUUAUUUCUUCUUUCUAAAAGUAUAUUAAGUACCAUAGUACUUAGUUUAGAAAAUAUUGCGUGAUUCAAGUACAUUAAUUUAUAAUAUUUUAAUUGAUAGGUCUUUGUUCUGAAACUGUGAAAAGUGAAGCGACGUUGCCGCUCUUACGGCGAAGUUUUCUAAUAACAGAAAAAUAUAGUUAUUUUAAUUUGUUAAAGAAAAGUUUCUUUCUAAAUCGAUUCCGUCAUAAAAUUUAAGUAAAACAAACUGUAAGAUAUGCGCCAUUUGUUUGAAAUGUUUGAAUUUGAACAAUAUUCAGUUUCUGACGCAAUACCGAUUUGGCAACAGCGCGCAGAGUUGGAGUGAACUAGAAGAUUCUGAUGUAUUAGCAUAACUAAUUGGAAACUACCCAUCAUUUUCACAGUUAAUAAACUUUAUGAGGUACUAGGGCCUCCGCGCCCGGUCGCUCAAACCGUCGGGUCGACGAGCCGUGGGGGGAUCGGCGCGGGCAUACACAACGACACUUAGCCGCUGCUUGCUCCUGCGCACGCUUAGGUGCCGAUUCACCCGCCGCUCGCAUAGCCCGAUCAUGUUGAGAGCGGGCGCGAGGCACCCGGAUGCUGACGAGCUCGAGGCGUCCACAUCGCGGCAGCACGACCAGGACGUGGACGUGCAAAUGUACGCGACCCUCAACGAGUACCUGCAGCUGGAGCAGAAGUUCCAGCCGAGACUGUGCCUGCCUGCCGGCUCUGAGAAUGGUGAGGUGACAAUAGGUGCGCGGGACGGCGCCGCCCACGUGCUGCGCUGUCUCAAGGUGUGGUACGACCUGCCAGCCGAAGUACUUAUCAACGCCAUCAAUCUGUUUGACAGGUUCUUGACCAAAAUGAAAGUGCGCCCCUGCCAUAUCCCGUGCAUCACUGUCUCCUGCAUGAACAUCGCGAUCGAUCAGCGCGCCGAGGACACUCGCCAGCCGAGGACCGUCUCCGUGGAGGAACUUGUGUCAGUGUCGCAGUCGGCGUGCACGGCGGGCGACGUGCGGCGCAUGUCGCGCGUGAUCGGCGACAAGCUGGCGCUGGCGGCGCACGUGCGCGCGCGCACGGCGCUGCACUGGCUGCGCCUGCUGCACGCGCUGCUGGCGCGCGCCGCCGCCCGCCUGCACAUGCGCCUGCCGCCCCUGCAGGAAAGCGAACUGGUGAAUCUGCUUGAGAUAGCUGUAUGCGACGCGAGCUGCGUCAACGCGCGUACCAGUGAAUUGGCACUUGUCAUCAUUUACCACAAGCUCGAGGAGCAACUGGCGGAGUGGUCCCAACGCGAGAGCGCCGCCGGCGGCAACACUGACAGUGUAUACUACCUCAACGACUUCGCUGCACAGCUGCAGGCGCAUUGCAACAUGUCGGAGGCGAGCCUGGCGUCCACGCGUGGGCUAAUGCGCGCGGCGCAGGCGCGGUACGGCGCCCGCGGCCGCGCGCACCCGCAGCGGCUCGUGUGGCGGCUCUCCGAGCGGACGCUCAAGGUGUUGCGUCCGACCGACCGGCUGACCUCUCUGCUGCCGACCAUAGAGGAGCAACACUUCGCCGUCGAGCAGACGCCCAACAGAACCAGAUCCGGCAGCGAAAGCAGUGAGAGCGAAGAAACCUCCGACUGGCCGCGAAGCCCCGUACUCCCAGUGUAUUGCAACAACUGAACACCAAACACUCGCGCCUUCUAGUUGUAAGCUGAUAUUUAAGUUGGAAUUAUCAAACCAUAGACAAAAACUUAUGGCUGUAUGUGAGUGUGACCGUGGCGGAUGUUUAUUACAUUUCUUUUAAAAAAUUUUAGCUGAAUGGAUUUCUUCUUUUGCCAUAAUAAGAAAAUUAUCUCUUGUAGUAGUAUUGGAAGUAUGUUUGGAAGUAUUGACUGAUAAUUUUAUUUUGUGCAAUGGAAACAUCGAUUGGGAAAGCUUUUUUGUCUGAGUGCAAUAAUUGUCUAUGGUUUGAUUGAAUGGCGUGCCUUAGUAUAGAAGCAAUCGGUCCGAAAUACAUGUUUGAAAUUAGGCAAACUGAGAUUUUUAUUCUGUGGUAAAAUUUAUAUUAAUAUUGUUUAAAGAGCCUAGCUUUUGAUUUAAGUUUUUUUUUUUUGCGUAAAAUAAUCAUAGAAUAAAAAUCUCUCACUAAUCAGGCAGCUAAUGUGAAGGAAGGCGCGUUUUAUCAUCCCAUUAUUUCAUUGUUUUAAUUAUUUUAUAUGCGUAGAUGUAUGUGUGAUCCCAUUUUUGAAAUAGUAGUCAAAAUACCGUGAUCCGAACAUUUUAGCGCGAAGUUACGGAAUUAAAAGAGUAACAAUUCGAAAAAAGAACACAAUGGAUAUUGUCGUUCCUUGUUUAAAAUUUUAAAUUCCGAUAUUUUUUAGGAGCGUUGAAUUUCAAGAGUCGAGCGGGCAUUAGGUUAUCUAUAGUUUGUAGACUUUUGAGUUUAUGAAGGUGCAAUUAAAGUGGUCGAACCAGUUUAAAAAAAAAAUUAAAAAAAAAAGUAUUAUGUAAUUAUGAUGUUCGAAUCGGUAAUUUUACAUUUGGAACUGUCAAGUUAAAUGUAAAAUGAAUAGGGCUUUCAAAUUAUAUAAAUACAUGAUUGUAAUAUUUGAUUGUAAUUUUGAUAAUGGCUAAAAUUAAAUGUCAAAUUAUUGAUUCGAAUUGGAUUUUUUUCUUUUUACGACGCCGAUUGUUCCUUUUUUUUUCUGUCAGUGGCUUUAUUAAUUGUAAAUGUAAUAAUAUUGUAAGUGUAAUGUGUUGAACAUUAUGGAGCAAUCGACGUCACCGCACACCAUAGCUUUCAUACUGUGAUUUUUGUAAACAAACAAACAACAAGAUAAAUUCCAUAUUUUCUGAUAGAGUAAGUUCUUUGAAUAUUUGUUGGUCUAAAAAUGCUGCGUACGAAUUACAAUUUUGUAAAAUAGAUUAUUUCUUAAUCUAUGCUCAACCAUAAAGUUGUCAUUUGUAUUUGGUAUUUUUUCUUCUAUUUGUGUUAAUAGUGUGAAUGCGAUAUUUUAUACACAGAAAAGUGAAAAAAAUCAAAUCCACCGAAGUUUUUUUUUUUCUAUUAUCUAUCAAUAACUUAAGUAUUAUAAAUAUGUAGUUAUUAAAAUAUAUCCAGUGACAGACUAACUCCUUAUUGAGUUGAAACAGAAAAAAUCUUAUACUUAAAAAAAAUGUUGGCAUUAUAUUAUUUCUAAUUAUUUGUAGUGUUAUUUAUAGUAAUUCUAAUAUUGAUACUUAUUUCCUAAUAAUUAUAGUCUAUAAAUGAAUAAAUGAAAAAAAAAAUAUAUAAAUCUUGAAAAAAUACAGAAAAAAAUGAUCUCAGGUAAUUUUUUCAUAGUUUCUAUACUACCUACGUCAAUAAAAAUAUGAAAAAAAAAAAACAAAAUAUUUUUAAACACAUAAGGUCUGUAUGUAUAUUUUCCUUUGCUUUGAUUUUCUUUAUCUUCGCUUUUUAGUCGUGUGUUUCUAUGAAUGGGUUGGUCUUCACCCACAUACAGAACUUAUGCAUCUAUUUAAAACAUAAGAUUUUCUAUCAAUUUGUAUGCGUGAAUGUCGUUCCUAAUGUCCAUUGAUGAGCGAAGAGGUGGCCUAAUAUUCUAAAAUCAAAUUCAAAUCUAUUCACAUUACAUUCUCAUUCCAUCGCAUUUAAAUUUAGAAUGUAAUGUUGGGACCAUUUAGGCGCGAAAAUUUUAUUUUUACAUUAUAUUAUACCACAUUGAAAAAAAAAAAUUGUCAUUGAGCAAAUGCAAACAAAAUUGUUCAAUCUUAUAUUUUUUUUUAAUUCUCUUCGCUCAUUCAGCAUGGACGUUGGGUUGUAUGUCCAUAGAUAAAGAAUGUACACAAUCUCUGUGAUAUGUCUCGUCGAACGUCAUGGCGUAUCGAAUAUUUUAAGAUCAGUUUUGUAAUAACAGUUUUUAAAAGCUGCAGACAUCUUAACAAUGAGACAGUGAAGCCGAAUAUAAUUUGUAAGAUAGUCUGAAACUGUAAUUUGCGUUCGGCGAUUUAACUUUCAGUUUUUAAUUCGUAUUAUUCAAUGAAUAUUUAUUAUUAUUAUUAUUAAUUAAUUCCAUUGAUAUGAAUUUAGUAUUUGCGGGUGAUUUAUUUUUAGUGAAAUAGUCAUAUAAUGGUAUUAUAGUUAUUAUAAUUAAAUUGUAUUUUUAUCUCGAAUAUGACAUAUCUAUGAAUCAUAGUUGAAGUCGAAUCGCCGAUCCAAUUCUGCAUUUAAGUCACUUGGCUUGAUUUAGUGUGAGUGUCUAUAACGCAUUGUGUCUAUUGUUUCGUAUUCUCGCCGAGGUUUUUACGAGAACGCUACAAAAUUGAAAUGGACAAAUCUGACAUCGGUACUAUCUCUAUGUCAACUUAUUAUGCGUGAGCGAGACAACAUAAUUGUUUGAUGUUCUCGUAAGUCCUCAGUGGCAAUACGAAAUAACUAUUUUAUAAAUAAUGUAUAAAAUGAAGGAACAAUUGAUAUAUUUUUUUUUAAAUUGUCAACGAAUAUCAUUGUUUACAUGUUACUUAACUUAGUUAAGAAUAGUUUAUUUCGAUUAUUUCAACUUAAUAUAUUGACAAUCGAGAAAAUCGAUUUAAAAAUGUGUACGAAGCAAUAUCUGAUUUUAAAAUAUCUAUAAUAUAAUGUUUGAUUUAAAAAAUCAAUAAUCUUAUUCGUAUUCAUCAGUCAACUAGUGUAUAUUUUGUAAUCAGUGAUAGUUUAUUACUAAAACUGUUU